GGAGUGUGUAAAGAAAAACCGCGUGGUUUGCAGUGUUGUGUUGACAUUUUUAACAUCGAACUGAAACGAUACGAUAACGAUAAAUAUUCCGAUACAUUAAUCCAGUAUUUUAAGCAGUGAUUUUAAGGAUUUUAGGGAUUCAAACCCCAACGCUCAAGCUUCCAGCACAAAAUUGACUGAAUAUAACAAAAUUGUGAUAAAAAACGUCUACGGGCUUCCACUUUACGCUUUAAUAUUUUAUACGACAUGAAGAGAUGUUGGCAAUCCAUUGACAGUUUACGUUCGAAGUGAAGUUGUGUAUUGUGAAUUUGUGAGGCAAUGGAGUGAAAAGAAGGCGAUGACGGCGAGGGAGGUGGAGUUGACAGGCGGCGCGCCGUGGGGCUUCCGCAUGCACGGCGGCACCGAUCAAAACCAACCACUCAGAAUCUCAAGGCGAUACAGCGAUACUGUUCAGCGCAACCUUGAUGUGAACCCAGGACGAAAAGCCUCACUGAGUGGCAUUAGAGAGGGCGACAUCAUCUCCUCGAUCAAUGGUCGGCCUACGAAGAGUAUGAGCAAUGCUGAUGCCCACGCCAUGCUCAGGUCAGCUGGGCCUGUACUUCGACUCGGAUUGAAUGAAGACAGGGAGGUGUCACCAAGAAGAAGAUCAAUUGGCAAAGGAUCCGAGUUGAAAAGGCCUUCACAACUGAUAGCUGAAGUGCAAGGCGGCAGAGCAACUCCCCAGGCUCCCGUAUAUGCCACUAUCCGACCGUCGCAAUCGCCACAAAAUCGACCGUCGCCUUCGUCUAUGCGGGCUUCCUUAAAUUCUCUCCCUGCGGCGCUUAACUCAACCUCACUUGUUAAGUCAGUGGUACAGAACGAAGAACCUCUUAGAUUCCAUCCAACGAAUCCAUUUUUUAUGACUUUACCCUCGAAUUAUUCAAGUACUUCAAAACUACCCGUACCCAAUGGCAGAGCGUCAAUCGCUAGCUUAGAUAGAAAUAAAUAUAAAGAUAAUGCGUCGAACAAUGACUUCCAUUCAGAUUUAAAAUCUCCUACAUUUUUUACCCAAACUUACGACUCCGGUCCUAGCAGUCUUCCAUAUUCAUAUCACAACGAAAAUACAAAUGGCUACAAUAGUCACACAAUAACGAACACUGCCAAUGAAAAAUCUGAUUUUUCUUACAGAAAUCAUGUAGAUCAGAUAGAAAAUCAAAGUCUUCCAAACAAUGCACAAAGUAACAAUAAAAAUCCGUUUGAAACGAAAAGAAAUAGUGAUCCUUUUGAAAAAUAUUUGCGACCAGAAAGCAAGUUGAAUGGCAAAUGUGAAUAUGAAAGUAAGACUAUGUCGAACUCGAUCAGCGACAGCAAUUUCCAUUCGAAGGAGGAAAUUACAAAACGUUCGACGAUCUCUGAGCACAAGAUAAGCGAAGUUGAAGAAGUGAGGACUAUAAAGAAGAUAGUACUGAAUGGAUGUGACGAUCAACUGGAUAGUGGCGAACGCAGUUUUAAAAGUGAAUCGCGAUCGAUGAACAAAAGUGCAAUGAAUGGCGCGGAGUCACCGAGCACACAUGGAAAGAACAUUACCUUAUCAAACAAUCAAUCAGGGAGGAAGGAACGCGAGCGAGCCACUCCGAUACAGGAACGGAGCGAGUAUUACAGCACUUUCAAUCAAGAUGAAAGGGACUGCAGUUCUACAACUAGGGCGCAUGAGUCAGCGUACGAGGCAAAUAGAUCAGCGGAGACGAAGGCGGACGAGGUGGUCUCGAAGCAGGCUGUGAAAUCACCAAACACACCGACGGCUCCGUUACCGAAAUGUGAGUAA